AUGGACGCCUCCUCCCUCCGCAUCUCCAAGUUCGAUGGAACUAACUUCCACGCCUGGAAGUUCAAGAUGCAGAUGGUGCUGGAGGAACGGGACCUAUGGGAGGUCGUCAGCGGUGAGAUCAAGGCGGAACAGUGCGAGACUCAGUUGGACCAAGCGACGUACAAGAGGAAGUCAAGAAAGGCGAUGGCAGUGAUCUGUCUAGCCAUGGAAGAUUCCCAGCUACCGUUGGUCCGGUCGGCAAGUGGUGCAUGCGACGCAUGGUCAAGGUUGGAAGACCACUUCGAGAAGAAGAGUCUUGCCAACAAGCUGUUCUUGCGCCGUCGCUUCUUCACGACAAUGAUGGAAGAAGGCGACGAUGUGCUCGAACACAUCAACAAGCUCAAGACGCUGGCGGAACAGCUAGAAGCGGUGGGGGCUCCAGUCUGCGAGGACGAUCUGGUGAUCACACUUCUCGGCAGCCUGAGUGACUCGUAUCAAUUCUUGAUCACAGCUUUGGAGUCGCGCUCAGACACUCUUAGCUGGGAGCUCGUGACGUCUCGACUGCUUCAUGAAGAAAUGAAGCGGAAGGAGCAAGGAAGUAAAGGUGAUGAAGCUUCGCAAGGUCAAGCGUUCAUCACAAGGGACAAUCAGCGCAAAGGGCGACCAGUGAAGAAGUCCUGGCCGUGCCACAAUUGCGGAAAGAUUGGUCACUGGAUGGCGGAGUGCCCCUCGCGCAUCCAAGAAAACACGGAGAGACACCGGCCACAGCGUGCUCAAGACAGCGGCGACCGCUAUCGAUCACAACGUGCAAACGUCGCUCAAGAAGAAGACUCGGGCGACUGCCUCUUUCGAUCGGUGAAACGACAUCUGCGAAAUCGAGCGACAUCUGGCUGGUCGACUCCGGGGCGACGCAGCACAUGA